UGAUAAGCGUGCCCCCAAUUCCUUCAUCCAAGUCAUUGAUAAAUACGUUGACUAGCAAACUGGGCCCAGGACAGAGCCCCACUGGACACCCCGCUGGUCACUGUCCUCUGGGGUAUUGGUUCCUUCCGGCCUCCUUUGCCCAUGGCCUGCCCUCUUGAUCUCCCUCUUCCCCCUCCAGUGAAAUGCUUGCCUGGGCCAGCGCUCAGAUCCACUGCCAGUUCCAUGCCAGUGAGAGCCGGGUGGCGCUGCCCCCACCGGAGGACAGCCGCCACGACGUUCAGGCGGAGAACGAGACCGUCUUCAUCCCCAACAGAGGGGAGCGCGGUCAGUGUAUCCUCUCCACCCCACCAAAGAUCCUCUUCUGCGACUUGCGGCUGGACCCGGGCGAGUCCAAAACCUACUCCUACUGCGAGACGCUGCCCAUGGACGGCCCCCCCUCCUUCCGCGGCCAGGCAGUCAAGUAUGUUUACAAGCUGACCAUCGGCUGCCAGCGCGUCAACUCCCCCAUCAAGCUGCUCCGGGUACCUUUCCGGGUGUUGGUGUUGCAUGGGCUCAAGGACUACCAGUUCCCCCAGGAGGCCGACGCCGUUGCCACUGUGGCCCCUUCCAACCCCUUCCUGGACGAGGAAGAAGGGGCCGCCAAGAAGGGCUCCCAGCUGGCGGACCUGGCUACGGAACUGCUGAUGGCAGCCACCUCCCGGCGGAGCCUCCACUUAUACAAUAUCAGCAACUCCCGUGGCAAAGUGGGGACAUUCUGCAUUUUCAAGACUGCCUACAAGAUCGGGGAGGACGUGGUCGGGACCUUCAACUUCUCCGAGGGGGACAUCCCUUGCCUGCAGUACUUGGUCAGCCUGCAGACAGAGGAGCGUGUCCAGGAAGGCUUCCAGCGACGCCGGGGGCCGCCCACCUCCUUUAGCACUCACGCCCGGCACCAGGAGUCCUGCCUCCACACCGCCCGCACCAGCUUCAGCCUCCCCAUCCCACUCAGCUCUGCCCCGGGCUUCAGCACCAACAUCGUGACCCUCAAGUGGAGGCUGCACUUUGAGUUUGUGACGUCCCGGGAGGAGGAGGUGAUCACCAAGGGUCCAGCCUCAUCGGAUGCCGCCGGCUGGACGGGGACAGAGCAGGUGGAGGUGGACACCCUCAGCUGGGACCUGCCCAUCAAGGUGCUGCCCACCAACCCACUCCUGGCCUCCUACAUCUCCCAGCUGCCUAGCACCAACUCCCUCACCCUCUGAGGUGACAGGGGUCCGGCAACAGACAGGGGCUGCAGCCAAGGAAGAGGAAGGGCUGUCUGUGUGUGUAUGAAUGUGUGUGGGUCCAUUCUUCUCCUUGUUGCAUGAUUUCCCCGCUCCUGGACUGAAAUAGGCCUCUGCCCAUCAGGUACAGCAGGAGGACAGGUGCCAAGGAGGGCUCCUCUCCCCUUCCCCAAUUUCUGUGGGGUGUAGAGAUCUCCCUGUAGAAGAGGAUCCCUCCUGGUUUAGUCGUCUUCCACAUGGAUGGCUAUGGGGGGGGGGGGCUCUCGUCAGGGACUCCCCUGCGACUGCCCCUCCAUGGGUGCAAGAGCUAUUUUGCAACUGGAGGCACCAAAAUGGAAGUAGCGAGGGUCUCUCUUUCCUCCUAUCUUCCCCUCCUCUAUAGACUGAAUUUACAUUUUUGCAUUCUGUCAAUAAAAGAGAUGACCCUGA